AUGAGCCGAAAGGGGGCGACCGACCACAGUGUUCCGGCAUCAACCUGCGUGACGUCAGCGCCGCAUUAGCUGAUGAGAACUGAUAGCAAGAGGAUCAAUAAAAAUGCCGAAGGCGAAACGCUCCAAAGUUUGGCUUCAUUUCACACCCAAGGGCAACGACUCUGCGACGUGCCACAGAUGUCAUAAAACAAUUGCAUGUAAGGGAGGUAACACAUCAAAUUUGAUGAAACAUCUGGCCAGUCACGGAGUUUAUUUGAAAGCUGAACAAUGCACGGUGUUUGAUAAACUGAGCGACGUUUCACGGCCCAGCACUUCGGCAGCAGGAGCUGCAGGGCAAAUUGAAGAAAGUCCCACUCCCAGCCCUGCUAGUGUGGCGUUGCACAUCACCGAUGAUGACGAUGACAGCAGCCGUUCCUCUUCAGUAACCACAGUGACUCCUUUCACCCUGGCUAAGAAGAAUGCACUACUCAAGAAGAAGGUGGAGGAAAUCCACAGGGCAGUCACCAAAUUUGUGAAUGUCAUCCAACAGCUUGCACACGUCAGCAAAACUGCAAUUACUUGCAAUGGAUGGACCAGUGUGGCACAGGACCACUAUCUGACAGUGACUGUUCACUACAUUUACAAGGGCAGCAUCCAGCAGAAAGUUCUGAGCACUGAAGCAGUUUAUGAGGCUCAGACAGGGCUAGUGGUGGCAGAGGAAAUCCACAAAAUUCUUCAGGAGUUCAAGUUGACUGGAAAAGUCCUUGCUGCCACAGUAGACAAUGCAAGCAACUUGGAUGUUGCCCUGAAAAAUUUUAAAUUUUUAAAAGUUGGAUGCUUUGCCCACACACUCAACCUGGCAGCACAGAAGGUGUAUGGCAUCCAAGCUGUGACCAGGUGGUGUGCAAAGAUCCGUGCAGUGGUGGUGUGGUUGAAGCACUCCACCAUAAGCAAAACUGUUUUGAGAGAGAAGCAACGACUCCUCAAUUUGCCAGAGCAUAAUGUUAUCCUUGAUGUGAGGACUUGCUGGAAUUCUCUGUACAUCAUGGUUGAGCAGUUUGUGGAGCAGUUCCCUGCAAUCCAGGCAGCUUGCCUCGAUCAAAGGCUGAGGAAGCCAAUGGAGAGGGACAGACUAGAGCGGCUCACUGACAGUGAUUUUGAGAAGGCAGAGGAAUUCAUGAAAUGCAUGAAAGUCCUGUACACCUCAACCCUCUGCGUGUCAAGUGACAAGUCCCUCACAUGCAGCCAAAUCAUCCCAUUCCUCACAAAGCUGGAGGCACGAUAUUUACCCACAGAUGAUGACAGUAUGUUUGUGGCUGCUAUAAAAGAGAAGGUCUGGGGAGAUCUCGAAAAAAGAUACCAGGAUAAAGAAAUUCAGAACUUCCUUCAGGAGGCCACAUUGAUGGACCCUCGCUUUAAAGGCAAGCUGGGAGUUGGUGUUACAGAAGCUUGGGAUAGGCUUGAGAAAGCAACGAUUGACAAUGUCACGGCAACUCAGCUUCCACUAGAGGACCAUCAUCAGAGUGAGGCAGAAGUAGGUGGUGAUGGUGAUGAUGAGGUGGAGGUGGAGCAAGAGGACACACAUCAAAGAGGAGCUCACAGGAUGUCAGCCUUGGAGCAGUUAUUUGCGGAUGAAGACCGGGAACUUCUCCACACAACUAUGAGCACAAGCAGUGCCCUCUCUAUCACGGAGCAGGUCAAGAAAGAGAUUGAGCUCUACAAAGGCAUGCCAGCAAUUACAUCUGGACAAGACCCUGUGGCUUGGUGGUGGGGAAACUCGGACAGCGGCACCAUCAAGGAAGCAAGUUACAACUUCUUUUGGCAAGGGAAGUCCUUGGACGAGUCCCGUUAA